UUGGAAGGAACGCCACCCAGGAAUGAAACAGGACUGCAAAUUGCAAUGCAACUGCAUGAAAAUGAUACAAUUAAUUUUGAAUUUAAUUUGAUUGAUUAUUCAUUAAUUAUUGAAAGAUUGUCGUUAUUUUUCAUUCUAUAAUCUUGUGAACACUGACAUUGAACCACUUUUCAUCGUGCCUCUGUGCUGGGUGCUGGAUUUCUUUGCAAAAUUUAUUUCAUUUCACUCAACAUAGAAGCGGUUUUCGAAUAAACAUAUGGUUAUGGUGUAUAAUGAUUUUUGCCAACGUUGUUGAUGUACCCAUUCUUUCACUUCCACAAUUUUCCGUUCAACAAAGUUGAGUCAUAUUACGUGGAAAAGCGAAUGCCAUGAAGUGUCAACACCGCAUUCACUAUUGUGUUUGCUAAGAUCAGUACUUAUUUACUUUCGUUUCAAUUCAGAGACCGAGCAGUCUGUAAAAUUUGAGAUGGAUAACUUUCGCUCAAUUCACGGGCAAGAUUACGGUAUCUUGCGUAAACAGGAUAGCAAAGAUGAAGAAUUAUUUGUUUUUGGUUAUUCUUGCAAAGUAUAUGAAGAUUAUGAUAAAUCUUUGUAUGUAGACCAAGGUAAACAUUUGAUCCCAUGGCUAGGUGACGAAAGUUUGAAAAUUGAUCGGUAUGACUGCCGAGGAGCUUUAAAUGAUUUAACGAAAUAUCUUCCUAAAUCAGAGAGUUUCGAUUUGCGUGCUAAUUUGAGUAAUCAGGAGAAACGGAUAGAACAGCUGUGUGAUGAAGAACGAUAUAGAGCCCUGACUACCAAUGAAGAAGAAGAAACCCUGUUUCAAGAAGAAGAACUGAAACGCUUACAACAAGCACUAAACAACGAAAAAUCGUACUCAGAAGUAGGGUUCUCUUACGAAAAUGACAAUAAAUCUCCAACUGAAUCAGUGUCUAAAGAAAUCACCGCCGAAGAAGAAACGUUUAUUCCUCCUUAUCAACUAGAUGUUCCUGUUGGAAUGAAAAUACCUAAAACCAAAAAGCACCAUGAAAUCAUCGAAAGAACCGCAUUUUUCAUUAAUGACCAAGGACCCCAGAUGGAAAUUUUACUAAAAAUAAAACAAGCUGGAAAUAUUCAAUUCAAUUUUCUUUCCUUCGAUAACGAGUUACAUCCUUAUUAUCGGCAUCUUUUGAUGGCUGUGAAAAAUGAAAAAUAUAAACCGACUUCGGCUCCUCCAGCUGAAAAAGAAUCCAUUAAUGAAGAUACUUACCUGCACCCGAGCUUGGUUCAAGCCAGUCAGCCUGUCACUCAAUCAGAACCGGCUCCUAAGAUACCAACCAUCGCGUAUAAACCAUCAGCGGAUUGUACCUACUCAGCUUUAGUGAACAGAAUUAAAGAAACGCAGACCUCAAGUUUGUUAGAAAGUAUUAAAAAGAACUAUGGUGCAAAUUCGCAGAAUUAUUCAGAACAAAAUGAGAUAUCUGCUAAAAUUGAUGGUACAGCAGGAUCCACUUCUGCACUACCACUAUCUGCUUUAACCAAAUCAGCGAGACGAAGAAGGAUAAGAAAGGAAAAACAUAAAGCAGCCGCUGCAUCGUUCAAAAUUUACUACGCUGAAGAAGUUAAGAAUCCAGAUGAAGCUGAUGAAAGCGAUGAAGAGGAUUUGUCUGAAGAAAAAAAUGAAGACACGCUUGAAGAUAAACAAGACGAGUUACCUGUUGGUGCACUAAAACCUGUGCCUGCUCCGGCUCCCGUUGUCGAGUUACCACCGUUAGAUAUGCAAUUGAUUAUCGAUAAAAUGGCAUCGUACGUGGCUAAGAACGGACGUGAUUUUGAAAGCGUUGUUCAAAAUAAAGGCGACUCUCGUUUCUCAUUUUUAAACAAAGACCACGUAUUUAAUCCUUAUUACCAACAAAAAGUACAAUUGUAUUUGCAACUGGAAAAUCCAAAUCUCUCGCCGGCUUUGAUCGAGAAAGUCUCGUAUGAUAGAACAGCUGGUAACACGUUGCACAAAUCCGGAAUUCAUCAAAACGCAAUGAAAUCCAGUAUAAAAAUGAAUAAAUUAUUGAAAUUGAAGCAACCCACUCCAAUUUGUUUUUCCAUCAAAAAACCAAAAGACCAAGAAACGCUAGAAAUAAAAAGCGCUCUACCUUAUGAAGAGAGCGAAGGUGAAGAGGAGACGGAAAACGAAGAUAGCAUCGGAGAAAACGUUGAAGAGAAAACGGAAGAGAAAGUGGAGAAAAAUGCGGAGUCUGAAGUUAUCGAAAAUUCAUCAGUAGACCAACUUAUUUUAGAAAAUACGAAAAAGCCGCCUGAUAUUACGUUGGAAAAAUGGGCUCGAGAAAGACUACAAGCUAAACUGGUCACUGCGGUGAAAGAAAAAUUAGCUGCAAAAGCUGUAAGAGAAAAAGACAAACAGCUUCAGGCGGAACGACGAAAAAAAGCCGCUGAAUUCAUUAAUCUACUUCAGAAAGAUAACCUCGUUAAUAAAACACAAGCAUCUGAAACAAUAGGUGAUUUUUCCUCCUCGAGCGCAAAAAAUGAAGCUUCUGAUGUCAUUUCUAUACCUUCGGGAUCAUCGCCAUCUGAUUCCGAUUCUGUAGUUUCCGUUCCAUUCAGUGAUGAAGACGAUAAACAAAAGCGUGCCAAAAGAAAACCCGAUGAAUCGAGUAAUGACCUUCAUGAAAAAACCAAAAAAAGACUCAUUUCUUCCGUGAAUAAUAAAAAUACGUACUCUCGUUCAAGACACCGCGACGAGGAACCCAAUCACCGCCAUUCUUCCGUUCACUCCAAGCAUUCGCAUGGAUACAGAAAGUACGACAGAGAAAGGAAACCAUAUAGUAAGAAAAAGAAACAUCGUCACUCUAGAAAUGAUAUUUCGUCGUCGAGUUCGAGUAAAAAAAGUUAUAAGAGCCAUCAUAAAAAGAAACGAAGUAGAUACUCUAGCGAAAUUUCUGAGUCAUCCAGUAGUAGUUCCAGUUAUAGUAGCGAUAAUGAUAGCAGAAAGUGAUGUACCUACCUACUUUAUGCAGUGAUAUAUUUUUUGUAAAACUGAAACGAUAGUUUCACCUAGUAACUUGACAACUUCUGUAAAUUUGUAAUAAAGAUUGCGUGUAAAAAUAAAUUUUAUUAUUAUUAA